AUGUCUGGAUUAAAACUAGAAGAUCCAACCGUGGAUGUCGCCGAUAUUGAAAAGUAUCGUAUGGCUUUUUUGAUGCAAUUUUUUGUACAACACAAACGGAGAUUCCGGUUUCCACGCUUACGGUUACAGGAUCUUUAUCAAAAAGUUCUAAAAGAUCCUGAUCCUGUAGCCUUUUGUGAUCUUGCUGCUCGUAUACUUCGAUUUUUAAAUCAUGAUGAUCCAGAUAUUUGUAUGGCUACACUAGAUCAAGCACUUGAUCGUUUCGCUAUUGAUAAGCGUACUUCGUAUCGAAUAAAUAUCCAACGUCAUCGUAAUGGAAAAUUAGUCCAUCAAUUGGGAUCAGCGGCAAGAGCUGCCCUACUGGAUAAUUUAAUUGAAUCUGUAUAUGAUGAACAACCUGAUUUCAAUUUUACAACAUGUUUUAAUAGUUCACUGACAAAUAGUGGACGUGUUGGUGGUGGUGGUGGAAUUGGGACUAGUAAUAAUGGUCCUGGAUCAACAGGAUUUGAUCGUAUGGUAGUAGAUUCAUCACAAGAUCUAUACAAUUCUGGUGUUGGUGGAGGAGCAGGAGGAGAUAUUGGCUGUACAGAUGAUCCUGAAGAUGUCAAUGUACUCAUUAAAGCUGGUCAAGAUGCUCAAGGAUGUAGUUAUUAUUAUAUGGAUGAUUUACGCCUGUACCGUGAACGUCCUCAAAGCGGAAUAUCCUCACAAUGGGAUGUUGUAGUCGGUCCAACAGCUGAUCAAUGGCUUGCAUUUAUCAUGUCAUUAAGUCGUAACGAGAAAGAAUACGAUUUACACUGUUUCUUGAAACAAGAUCUCUUUGAAUUAGUUAAAGAAAGUCUUGAUGCUAUGGAACUGCAUGCACCAAACACUGAACUCGAUUCAAAUUAUCUACGUACUAAAGAAUUGAAUGAAUUAGCCGAGCUGCGAAGACGUCAACUAGGUCAUAAUAAUCAUCACAAAUUGACAAGUUUAUCCUCAGUUGAAAAUGAUAAAUUACAAUUGAAUAAUAAUAAUAAUAUUGUUAGCCUGAGUGCCAGUGGACCAAAAAGUGCUUCACCAGCCUUCUCUGGUGGUCAUGGUUGCGGUGGUGGUAUUAGUGGAAUUGGUAGUUCAGGGAGUAGUAGUUCAACUUCUGGUGCUCCACUUACGCCUAGUUCUGCACGUACACCGACAUCAGCUCCACCAGCAUCUAGUCUACAACCACAACAACAACAACAAGCCUCUUUACCUCCACCGGAUUGUCAAGAAACACAGGGAACUUCAAUGAAACUCGAGGAUUCAAGCUCAAAUCAACCUACUGUUUGGCCUCAGGAUACAAUGUCUGCAAAGAUGCGUACACAUUCUGGUCAAUCGCCAUGUGAGGCAGCCGACUUCAUUGGCACACCGAAAUCUGAAGGCAGUAACACUGAAUGUUCCACUGCUACUACUACUACACCUUCUGUAGCAUUCAGCAAUGCUAAUCAAGAUGUACCAGCAUCACAGAAUAAUAGUGCAGGCGUUGCUACACCUACUACUACUGCGACUACUAUACCAUCAUUACUGCAUAGUCUGUCUUCUCCGGCAUCUUUCUCCGCCACUACUACUCCUACUCCUACUACUACUGGAAGACAUCACAGCGGUGUAUCUGGAGGUGGUAGUAAUCUGUUGAACAACACCACCACCGGCAGUAGUAGUGAAAGUGAUCAGAUUUCUUCUGCACAAUCACAAAAUUGUGAUCCAGUAGUUGCUGAAUCCACUACAGCCAGUACAACAACUACUGUACCUAUGAUGAACAAUACUAAUAAUGAUAUGAGUAAUAAUUUCCCAGUUACUCCUACUCCAACAACUGGUGUUUCUGUUAUUACCGGUCAACUUCCACCACCAUCAUCUCCAAUCACCACCACUACUACUCCUACUCCUACUUCGUCUUCUUCUUCACUGCCUGGUGUUGCAGUUGUAAGUGAACCGUCAUCAGCCUCAUGGAAUUCACCAGGUUAUAACAAUUGUAAUUCAAAUAUGGCGUCAUCCUCGCCAUCGUUACAACAACGUGAAUGUAAAUUACCACCCCCACCGACAAGCAAUGAUCCCGUUUCAAUUUCUACACAACCAUCUUCAUAUGUACGACCUAACAAUACAGGGGGAAUCGAUGACACUACUACUACGCCUACAGUUACCGUUACACAACCUAAUAGUAAUAAUUAUCUCUCCUAUUCACCAACAUGUCACCAGUCAACACAACAACAGAAUCAAAUUCCCGGGAAUCUCACCUCGAAACAACAACAACAAGAUACUCAUAUUACUACUACUACUGCUUCUACUACUGGUGUUGCUGCAAAACUAUCAUCUCCAGCUGAAGGCAUCAAUCCAAAUCUCUCGAAAAUGUCUAACUCUGGUCAAUUUCGUCAAAUGUCUAUCGGUAGCAGUCAACAAGAUACAAGUCCAUGCAGCGGUGGUGGAAUGGAUUAUCCAUUGCCUGCGCCAAAACAAUGUCUAGGAGCAGGCGGAGGAGGAGGAGGAGGUCCUGCUACUGCUUUAGUAUCUCCUAUGAUUGGUAUUCCACCAUCAGAUGCUAUCGCUGCUGGAGUUAUUGGCGGUGGCGGCGGCGUUGGUAUGCCACCGUUGACUCAAGAACAAUGGGAAAAUCGUAAAAGUAAAAUUGCUCAAUUGGAAAAAAUUCAUUCAACAUUGAGUAAGAGUAAAAGUGCUUCUACGCCUGGUGCUAUCGCAGCGGCAACAGCUGGAGCUGUACUUCAACAACAGCAACAGCAGCAACAACAACAGCGAUUAAUGCGUAAUUCCAUGCAGCAGCAACAACAACCACCACCAAUUGGAUUAGGUAUUCCACCGUCAUCAGCGAUUAACAAUACAUCCCCAUAUCCUGAUUCCCUCGGCGGUGGAACACGUCCAUUCGACACAGAAAACUACAACAGUAUGAUGUCUCGUCAAGGUGUUGUCGUUGGAUCAUCUAUGAACAGUGAAUCAGCUCAACAAGAAUGGGAUAGAUUAUGUUCUGAUUAUCAACGAGGUAAAACUGAUACCUCUGGAAUGAUGUUACGUUAUCCUGGAGCAUCUAGACAAAUGGGAUUUUUUGACUCGAAUGAUGCGAAUCUCCCGUCUGUUCCACCACAGUCUAUGACAGCUACUGGAUCUGGGACUGGGACAAUAAUGUUACCGUCUGGACAGAUGAUGAUGAUGGAUCAUCAGCAACAGCAGCAGCACCAACAGACUUGUCAACCGCCUGCCUACCAGAGUGGUGGUGUUGGUGGUGGGCCUCCAGUUGUAAUGGUUCCACCGAAUAACUCGAACAUGUGUCCUGUAAAUUCAGGCUAUCCACCACCAUCCAACGCGUUAACAUCUUUACCUCCUCCUGAUCCAGGUCGAGCAUUAGGUCCAAUGGGAACAAUUGGUCCAGAACAACAAAUGCCCACUGGUGGCGCGGGUGGUGGUGGGAUCACUCCAACUGCUGGACAAAAAAGAUCAUAUCAUCAUUCCGUGUCAAGUGGUGAAAACUGGCCACCUCUUAAUUCCUCAAAUCCAUUGUCAAUGUCACCAGUAGUUCAAGGCAUAGAGAAUUCAAAUUUUCUUGGUCAUCAUAUUCCACCCAGCAAUAACUCAUCAGCUGUUUGUCGUUCUGGUCAAAUGAUGAUGAUGCCGACAAUGAUGAAUGCGCCUGUUUCAUCCGCCUCCGCCUCCUCGCCUAUCGGUGCAUCUGUCGCUCCAAUCAGUCAACAACCCGCAGUGGUUGGUCGUGGUUCUGGCUCCACUAAACCUAGCACAAAGAAACGUAAAGCUGCUGGCUCUGUGAGGGGGUCGAAUGUUGUCACAAAUACGAAUUACUCUUCAUCAGCAGCACCAUCCUUGCCAACAACACAUCAGCAACAGCAACAACAACAACAACAACUACCGUCGCCUACUAAUCAAUCCUCUCAUUGUCUGAAACAAUCGCCUACCAUGAUCACUCCGAAUAAAACAUUGAAUUCACCGUAUAUGGUUAAUAGUAAUAAUAAUAUGAAUAAUAAUAUUAAUGAUGAUAUGAUGUUACAAAAUAAUCAUUUCCCUCGAUCUACUGGUAAUCAUCCUCCUUCUCGUCCAAUGCAUCAAAUCCCACCUGGUGGUGGUGGAGCGGGAGUGGGAGGAGGAGGAGGGCGUCCACCAUUCCAACCGAAUGAUUCUUGUGUAAUGCACUAUUCAGAUAUGAUGUGUGGACAGAAUACAGGAUCCAUCCCAAUUGAACAAUCCAACAACAAUAUGGAUAUGAUGACAAUGGUCAAUUCUCGUCAUUCUGGAACACCAAAAAGUGGUGAAUCUUUUCCUGGUGUUGGUGGUGGUGGUGGUGGUCCUAUUAGUCCUACCAGUGGAGCUCCUCUCGGAAGUCGUACAGUCGCAUCAAAUUGUAGCGGAAAUAACUAUGGUCCAGGUGGUGCUGGCGGUGGCGGUAAUUAUGGGAUCAGUGGGAAUAUGAGUAAUAAACCUACGAAUCAUGCAUAUUUUAGCUCCCCUGAUACAAUGAUGAUGAUGAUGGGACCGAAUUCUGAUUCUAUGGGGAUGAGAUCACAGGCGGCAGCAGCAGCAUCAGCGUCAGCAGGACCAAACACUCCAUGUACUCAACAUUUGACUUCUGCUAGUCUAGCUAGUCUAGCACGAUUAUCUCAAAUGUCUGGUCCUGAAGGUCCGUAUAUCCCGUCGUCUACAUCCUCGUUGUAUACUUCAACUAUUGGAAGUGGUGUUGGUAGUGGUGGUCCCCAAUCGAUAUCUGGUCAUAAUAAUACGCAUUUAAAUCGUUCUGGAUCGUUUCACAAUAAUAAUACAGAUGGAAAUCCUGUUGGCCUACCGCCGCAAGGAGGAACAACACCACAUCAUCCUCAUCAUGUUAUGCCACAGAAUACACGUCAGCAUAAUUCACUUACAAGUCCUGGACAUUGUGGUGUAUCAAAAUCGCAUUUAUGCAAUCCAAAUCAGCCAUCAUUACCCUCUAACAAUAAUAAUAGUAUGGCUAUGAAUAACUUUAAUUUACCCCACUCGUUAUCGAAUCAAACACUUCCAGUUCAUUCAAAAUUCAAUGGUCAAGGUUAUCCUCCGCAUAUGAAUCAUCCACAACUUCAGCCAACAUUACAACACCAGCAACACCAACAAGCGCUAACUGGUUCUUCUCUUCCAUCACCAGUCCCGAAUAUGCCAGUGCCACAACCACAACCACCACCACCGCCACCUCAACAACAUCAACAGCCUCCGUCGAUUCAAGUAAACAACACAUUUUUCAAUGCUCAAUUAAAUGUACAACAGAUGAAUUAUCAACAUGUCAGUGCUCCUGGUUCAACAGGUCAAAUGCAAAUACAUUUCGCCCAACAACAACAACAACCUCCACAUGAUCAUAUGCGAUCAGUUCGUCAAACAGACAGUAGUACAAUACGUAUGACAAAUCCACCACCACAACAACAGCACCAACCACAAGCACCUCCUCCUCAAUCGAAUGAAUACAUUUCAAUGUCUUCAAAUAAUCCUCAAAUGUUGUAUAAUAAUUCAGAUCCUAUGAAUCAUCGAAUCGAUUGUUCUAAAUCUGAACUACCCUUACUUCCUCCUCCUGCUCCUGCUCCUCAUGCUCCUCCAUCUAGUUCCUCAGUGAUCACUUCAUCCAUGUGUACACCGAUGGGUACUGGUGGCGUUGGGGGAUCCUCUGUUGCUGGCUAUGGAAAUGCUAGUAUACAGAUAACGCCUAGAACACCGCAUACAAUUCAAUAUCUUCCUACUGUUGCUCCUCAAGCUGGUAAUCAAGGACCGCCUGGCAGUGGUGGUGGUGUUGGUGGCGGUGGUAUGUCAUCAUCUGGACCGAAUCAAGCCCUUCCAAGACCAUCACUACGUGGUAGUGGAGGUGGUGCUGCUAGUGGUGGUGGUGGUGGUGGUUAUCAGUAUAUCCCAUCUGAUCCUGAUAGUAAUUCAUCACAUCAUUCAUCAUUCCAGUCGAAUCAAUCCUAUGCUGCUAAUCAAAAUAUUUCUAGCCAACCAGGACAAUUCUAUCCGCCUUCUGCUCCUCCAAAUCAACAUUAUCCUCCAAUGCCUCAGUCAGCCGCUGCUGUAGUGGCUGGUCAGCAGUCUUAUGCAUCUAACUUUCAGGCACAGAAUAAUAAUAAAAAUGCACAAGUAUUCCCUGGACGACCAAUGAAUAAUAAUACUAAUAAUAAUUCAACAUUCACCUGGAAUGAUUCUAGCUUUGAUUCAAUGUCGUCAGCGUCGGCGGCGGCGUCAUUAGGCGCUUCUAUGAUCGUGUCUUCAACUGGUGGUGUUGGUGAUACCGCCAGUCUGAAUAGUUUCCAAGCAUCAUCUAAUAUGCAAAAUCAAGUUAUGGAUAAUCGUCUUGUUAGAAAUAUUCAUCAUCAACAAGGAGGAGGAUCAUUUCGUGAUCCUCAAAUGAACAGUUAUACAUCAUCAUCAUCUUGUAAUAAUGAUGUGACAACAAUGCAAUCUAUCGAUCCAAUCAUCAGUGAUAAUCUCUCCUCCUCCUCCUCCUCAAAUCAUCAAAUGUUCACUUCUAGUCAACCGGAUGGAUCAAUACAACAUCAACAACAUCAACAACAGCAGCAACAGCGUAUCAACGCUGGACAACAACAACACCAACCCCAACAACCAUCAUCAGCAUCUCAGUAUCUCCGUCAGCCAAUGGGCAGUAGUAGUAGUAGUAGUAGUGGUAAGCCAUCAGCAGCCUCGAAUCAGAUGCAUCAUCAACAACAGACAAAUUAUCAGAAUUAUUAUCAACAGCAUCAACAGCACCAUCACCACCACCAGCAACAACAACAACACCAUCAAAUGAUGAUGUCCUCCUCCUCCGCCUCAAUGUGCGGUGAUUACUCCGCUGGUAGCGGUGAUUGGAGUUCAACUAAUCAAGUUCAAUUUGUCAUGUCGAAUUCAGCGUCGUCUAGUUCAACUAUGUCAUCCAACACCUCGAAUACUUCUACAAUGUAUAAUAAUUGUAGUAGUAGUACUACUAUUAAUAAUAAUGGUUCAAAUAUGCAUAAUAAUAAUAUUGUUGAUAAUAUCCCCUCUAAUCUUACUGACAACACUAAUAAUCUACGCUCAUCCGUAUCGAAUCCGACAAUCAACAAUAUGGAGAAUAAUGGUAAUAAUAAUAUGGGACAUCAUCCUACUACGGGGAAACGUCUCUCUGUACCAAAUGUCCCAAUGACCAAUAAUGAAUUAGAUAUUAAAAAUCCUAUGCAUCAGUACAAUUCACCGCAUUCAUCGCAUGUAUUUCCAUCGCAACAGCAACAACAACAGAUGAUGACGUCGUCUUCUACUGUUUCUGGUGGUCCUCCUCCUGGUAAUCGACUUAUGAUGAAUUGGCAUCACCAUCCAUCAGCAACAGGAGGUGGCGGGAAUCCAAUGAAUUUCCCUGCUACAAUGUCCUCUGUAUCGUCACCUAAUACUAAUACUAAUAAUCCUCGAGAGAUGUAUUCUGGUCAAAUGAUGAAUUCUAGUAAAUUAUUUCCACCAAUGAUGGGCACAGAUCCUAGUGGAAUGACAACGUUAGGCGGCGGCGGUGGUAUGUCUGAUAAUAAUGCCAGUAAUAACAAUAAUAAUAAUAGUAGCGGAAAUCGAAAUAUGAAUAUGCUUCGACAGUCACAAGAGAAUUGUUAUGAAAAUAAUCAAUUGGCCAAUAUUGCCUCGUCCACAUCCUCCUCGUCAUCAUCAUCAGCAUCAACAGCACAAGCGUAUUCGUCAUCAGUUGUUUAGUUGUCAAAGAUGAUAGAUAGAUAGACAGACAGACAGACAGAAUGAGGGGGAUCGACCUGUCUAUCUGUCUAUCACUCAUAACUUGUAUGUAAAUUUAUUAUUAUUGUUCACAUUUUGAUGUGUGUUCUCCUUCACAAACUGUGCGGCUUCAUCCUCCAAUGGACAAUAACUUCAGUUAUUCAUCAUGAACAUCAUCGGCAUCGCCAUCGCCAUUAUCAUCACCAUCAUCACUGUCAAUCAUGUUUGUACAUAUAAUUUCUUCUCCUGAUUUAUUCAUCCAUUCAUUCAUUCACUAAUGGAUGAUAGAUGGUGGUCACCAGGCGGGGGUGUGGGGGGCCAUGAGAGUGAAAAUCAAUAAAGAACCACCUGAAUUAUGGUAAUUUAGUCAUUAUAAUUAUUAUUAUUACUACUACUAGUUAUUGUUAUUUUGAAGAGACAUUUCAUUUCAUUUCGUUUCUUUGUUCAUAUAAAUAUAUAUAUAAAUAGCAUUAUACAUAAACACAUAUGCAUCAUCUAUAUAUUCUGAUAUUUCACGCGAAUUUUACAAUCAAUCUUCGCUUGUCUAUCUCUCCCUCCCCCGCUCUCUCUCUCUCGAUCUGUCGGUGUGCGUGUGUGUGUUGGUGUGUGCGUGUGUGAAUGUGUAUCAUAUAAAACUUCUCCUUUAUGUUAUGUAAUCUAUUUUGUCUCCUCUCUGUCCCUCUUCUUGCCCCAUCUACUUUUCCCCUCGACUUCCCCCUCCCUCUAUUUUAUUAUUGGUUGUUCUGUAGAGAUGAACACUAAGACAAGACGAGGAAGAAUUUUUGUAGGAUGCAAUAACUCUUGGUCACAUUAUAUAAGAAAGAAAGAAGCUGAACAACAGUGACAACAGUUAGUGACCAGUUCUCUCUUGUCUCUUUCAGUGUACCACUAUCAUUAUUAUUCCCAUUAUUCCCAUUUCUGUACACUACACUGUUUCAAUAUGUGACAAUGAUUUUUAUUCUUAUUCUUAUGAUUAUUGGGAUUUUUGUUUUCAAAGAAAAUUUUAUUGUAAUUCCCACCCCCCGCCCCGUGUUUAUUACUACUAAAUGAUAUGUGUACAUUCUCUUUCUUUGUGUGUGUGUGUGUGUGAGUGUGCGUGUGUCUCUUUGGAGGAUAACUAAACACAUCACUGUCUACUGUUUAUGUUUAUGCGCAUUGUAGUUAACAUUUCUCCUCUUCGCUCUCUCUUUCUCCACAUUUUUCUAUUGCAUAAUGAUGCGUGUGUGUGUCUCCCUUUGUAUGUGUGUAUGUGCAUGUGUGCGUGCGUGUGUGCCUGUUAUAUUGUAUAUUAUUUCCCCAAUAAACACCACCAAUAACAAACAACAUAACUUGUAUAUUCUUUUGUAUUUCAAUCAAUUAGGGGAGAUAUAUACAUAUAUACACAAACUGAGAGGAGGCAUGUCUAGUGUUGCAACCGGGGGGGGGGGGGUAAUUCACCUUUCUUCCGCCCUUAUUCCUCUGUCCUUCUUCUGUCUUUGUGUCUCACAGUCCCUGUAUCUCUCUCUCCCCCGCUCCCUCUGUCUCAGACACACUUAUGCACAAACACGUCGAUGGACAAACAGAAACUCCAGUUUCGAUUUUUUUCAUUUUUUCAUCCAACUAAUAAAUGUAUAUUAUGAUUAUUUAUUUAUUUAUUGUUCUCCUUCUCUUUCUUCUUCUGUUUGGUUUCUCCUUAUCCAUUCUACUCUUUUCAAUAAUUAUUGAUUUUAUUGUUAUGACUAACCAGCUUUGCCCCGCUGACAAACCGCCAUCAUCAUCAUCAUCAUGCAAGACUUGAGUUAGUUAGUUCUUCAUCUCUGUGCUGUGCACUUAACGCGUGUACAUUCAGAUACACACAUUCUCAUUAUUCAUCAUGGAACUCUCUUUUCUUUAACCAUUUCGUUUCCUUUUUCCCCUUCUUUUGCGCAUUUUUCCCCUCGACUCUCUCUCACUCUAUCUGUCUGUCUGUCAUUAUCAUUCUGCUGUUCUUUAGUUCGACGCCUCAGCUGUGAGACUUUCAAGUUUUGAUGGUUGGUCUAUCGGUCGAUGUGCGUCUGAGUUUCUUUUCUGGAUGGAUGGAGAGCGGGGGAGGGGAGGGGCGAAAUCUGAUGAUGUGCGCAUAUUAUAUACUUACAUACAUUCAUGCAAACUUUGUGUAAAUAGAGCCAUUUUCAUACUUAUUAGGUUAUUUAUUAUAUAAUAAGUAGUAAUAGACACUUUUUUUGGUUGGUUGGUUGGUUGGUUUUUCCUCUGUCUUCUUCUUCUGCUUCUGCUUCUUCUUCUCCUUUUCCUUUUCCUCCUUCGAUCGAAUCACAUUCAUCAUACAUUGCCGCGUGCACACACUCUCGGGUAGCACAUAUACAAGGCAGUUGUGCCGUGUCUUUAUCUUUUAUUCUUAAUUUCUCAUUUCCCAUCUCAUCUGUCUGAGUGUGUGUGUGUGUGAAAAGAGGAGGGCGUGGUGGUGGUGGGGCGACACAUCCGUUCCCUGAGCCCCCCGCCCCGCGCUCAUUUCCCAGCUCUCUACACUCAUGUUACACACGUACACACAGAAGCAUUCAUUCACCCAUGUGUACUGUUGUUGUGGUUGUUAUUAUUCUUAAUCAAUCUGUUUUUGUUUCUUUCAAUCUUUCUCUCUGUAUCUCGCGCGCUCUUCUCUCCUCAUUGAGUCGAAUUUUAAUGAGAUUAUAUAAUAAUACUUGUAUUUAUACAUAUACGUAUUCAUAUAUAUAAAGAUGCACACACAGGCAUACACACGCCCCCACCCCCGCCACCACCAGUACACACACACACACACAAUGAGAUCAUGAUUUUGUUGUUGUUUAAUAGUAAUAAUGAUAACAGUAACAACAACAAUUAAUUUUAACUUGCCUCUUGAAAAAUAAAAAUGAAUGAA